AUGCAGUUGCACGACCAUAUGAAGUAUGUGGACAUGGGUUGCAGGAUGGCAUGUAUACCAAGAUAUCAAUGGAAAGGACGUCCCACUGAAAUAAAGUUGUACGCCUCGGAACAAAGGAUAGUGUUCCUGCUCGGAACCAUUUGCCAGAUGGUCCAGAUUGCUGGUGUGCUCAUCUAUUGGUAUUGCAAUGGCCGGAUGGCCACGGAUACGGCCACCUUUGUGGCACAAUUAUCUGAAAUGUGCAGUUCUCUUACCCUGCUAUUAGUGGGAUUCUGCAACGUAUGUGCGCUCACGGUAAACCGCAAUCAGAUCGAAACAUUACUCGAGAAGCUCCAGGAGAUAUAUCCGGGAUCCAAGAAAAAUCACUAUCGGUGUCAGCACUACUUUGACUUGGCCAUGACCAUAAUGAGAAUGGAGUUCCUUUUCUACAUGGUAUUUUACAUCUACUACAAUAGUGCGCCAGUAUUGCUGCUCCUUUGGGAACACGUGCACGAGGGAUAUGAUCUUAGCUUCAAGACGCAGACCAACACGUGGUUUCCAUGGAAAGUCCAAGGGUCGGCAAUUGGGUUCAUCAUGGCUGUACUAAGCAUAACCGUGGGUUCGUUUGUUGGCGUGGGCUUCAGCAUAGUCACCCAGAAUCUUGUCUGUUUGUUUUCCUUUCAACUGAAAUUGCACUACGAUGGAAUAUCCAGUCAGCUAGUAUCCCUCGAUUGCCGGCAGCCCGGAGCCCAUCAGGAGUUAAGGAUUCUGAUCGCCUACCACUGCCGGAUCCUUCAGCUGGGCGACCAGGUCAAUAACAUCAUGAAUUUUGUAUUCGGCUCCAGCCUAGUCGGUGCUACUAUCGCUAUUUGCAUGUCUAGUGUUUCUAUUCUGCUGCUGGACUUCGCAUCUGCCUGCAAGUAUGUCAGUGGCCUGGUGGCCUUCGUCCUUUACAACUUCGUCAUCUGCUACAUGGGAACCGAGGUCAACUCAGCUAUGCAGUUGGAGGACUUUAUGCGGUACCAGGACCUCGUGUGCCAAGCUGCCCAACUUCCCAGAUACUGGUGGAAUGGCAGACGAUCCUUGGAGGUCAAGCCCAACUUGGCAAAACGCAUUAUCUUCUGGAUUGGGGCCGUAAAUUUGCUUUAUCACAAUAUUGGAUGCGUCAUGUUCGGAUAUUUCGUUGACGGCAGAACUGAAGAUCCGCUUGAGUACUUAGGAGAAUUGGCAUCUGUGGCCAGCAUGCUGGGAUUUACCAUUGUGGGCACGCUCAACUUAUGGAAGAUGCUGAGUCUUAAGUCCCAUUUUGAGAGCAUUCUGGACGAAUUCGAGGAUUUAUUUCAUUUAACCAAACAGAUAUCGUAUCGCACACACCGCUAUCACGAGGAGUACACGCGUCAUAUAAGAAAUGCGGUUGUUUUCCAUAGCUCUGCCGUUGUCUACUACAACUCACUACCAAUUUUUCUCAUGAUUAGAGAACAUUUGUCGAACUCACAGCAGUUGAGCUAUAGAAUUCAGAGUAGUACCUGGUAUCCCUGGCAGACUAAGGGAUCAAUUCCUGGAUUUCUCGCUGCGGUCGUCUGUCAAAUCUUUUCCUGCCAAACAAACAUAAGUGUCAACAUGUUUAUGCAGUUUAUGGUCAACUUUUUUGGUAUCCAGCUAGAAAUUCACUUCGAUGGCUUGGCCCGGCAGCUGGAGACCAUCGAUGCCCGUCAUCCACAUGCCAAGGAUCGAUUAAAGUAUCUGAUAGUAUAUCACACAAAAUUGCUAAAUCUGGCGGACAGAGUGAAUCGAUGCUUUAACUUUACGUUUCUCAUAAGUCUCUCGGUAUCCAUGAUAUCCACAUGUUUCUUGGCAUUUUCUAUGACCAUCUUUGACUUUAGCACUUCCCUAAAACAUUUGCUUGGAAUUAUGCUAUUCAUCACAUACAAUUUUUUAAUGUGCCGCAGUGGUACGCACUUGAUUUUAAAGAGUGGCAAAGUAUUGCCAGCAGCCUUUUAUAACAAUUGGUAUGAGGGCGAUCUUGCUUAUCGAAGGAUGCUUCUCAUCCUGAUGAUGCGUGCUACGAAACCUUAUAUGUGGAGAACCUACAAGCUGGCACCUGUAUCCAUUACCACCUAUAUGGCAACAUUGAAGUUUUCAUAUCAAAUGUUUACCUGCGUUCGCUCACUGAAAUAAAAAGGGAUAAAGUGCAACUUAAAAGAGUUUAGCUCUUAUAAUAAUUCAAAUGUGCAUGUCGUAGUGCUGAACUUAG